AUGUAUUCUAAAAGUAAGAUUGGAGAACAAAAUCCUCAAAUGCCUCAGGAGAUUUCCGAAGUUGGGGAAAACUUAAAUGCAAAGCUAAUUACAGAAACACUACCAGGAAAAAUGCUUUUAGCGCCCGCGACCAUUCUCUCAAAAAAGCCCACUUCAAAAUGGAAGGAUCGUGAUGUUUUACCCAUAACAAAAUUUCUUGCCGGAAGAAACGCAAUCGACGGUACCGGAGAAAAUCUUGAAGGCGCCAAUGCCUUUGCAAAUAUUAGUCAAGAUUUAACAACAUAUAUACUUGAACAUUCCAAAAAUCGAGCCAUGACCAAUUUCGUGUACGUCGUAAUUGACCUUAGUAGUCCAAAUGCUCUCCCAACUAACCUCAACUUAUAUCCGCCGGCUGGUUCUCCUCAUCCUGUAUUAAUUCCUUUCGCGGGAACUAACCAUAUCUUUGUAUUCAACGGUACCGGAUCGACAGCCGCUGCGCAACAUUUUAUCGGUUGGCUCCAAGGCAGUCAACCUGGGAUUAGAGCAUUUGUAUUUCAUACUAGUUGUGCGGCAACAUUUUACUGA